AUGAAGGUCAACGUCUUUUCGCGAUCUGGGAAAGAGAUUGUCAAAGGCGGCCUCCAGCUUCCGGAUGAGGCCACUGUAGCAGAUCUCCAGAAAGCCCUUCACAAAACGAAUAAAAAAUGGUAUCCUGCAAGGCAGAGAUUCACUCUCCCAGCGCCGGCAUCAGGUGCCAAACCCGUCGUUCUGGACGCCAAAAAGAGGCUCGCGGAUUACUCCACUGGAACCACAUUGGACGUCGUUUUUAAGGAUCUCGGACCUCAGAUCGGCUUUAAGACGGUCUUCUUCUGGGAAUACUUCGGCCCUCUGGUCCUCUACUCGCUCUUUUACUUCUUCCCGCAAGUGUUCUACGUGGACGGUGCAAAGAGAAAGCUUAAAGAUGUCCAGACCUACGCACUCAUCUACUGGUCCUUCCACUACACGAAGCGCAUUCUCGAGACGUUUUUCGUCCACCGGUUUAGCCACGGCACGAUGCCGCUUCAGAACCUGUUCCGUAACUGCGGUUACUACUGGACUUUCGCAGCUUUCGUCUCGUUCUUCGUGAACCACCCGCUGUACACGCCCGUCAGCGAGACCCAGAUGUUGAUCGGAUUCGGCAUCGCUAUAGUCAACCAGCUCUCCAACCUCUACUGUCACAUCAUUUUGAGGAACUUGAGGUCCGGCUCGAGCUCAGGGUACCAGAUCCCUUCGGGCUUCCUGUUCAACUUCAUCACGUGCGCCAACUACACGACGGAGAUCACGGCGUGGCUGGGCUUCAACAUCGCCACGCAGACCGUCGCCGGCUACCUCUUCAUGCUCGCCGGCACCAUGCAGAUGGCCGAGUGGGCCCUCGCCAAGCACAAGCGCCUCGUCAAGCUCUUUGACGGCAAGGAAGGCCGUCCCAAGUAUCCUCGGCGGUGGAUCAUGCUUCCACCUUUCUUCUGA